UUGUUUCUACACGGGACCAAAUCGUGUUGCACCGGGUGUAACCAUUGAGCUAGCGUUAGGCUAGUUAGAUGUAGCUGGCUAGCUAUAGGUUCUUAUCGAUGUGCGCAGCUAUUUGAUCGACACAUUACAUGUGAAUAUCAUGGAAUGCUGAUGAAACUCUUUCGUGUUAAUUUUUUUAUACCAUCGCUCUGCUGUUGUCGGCGACGUCUCCGGUUAAAUUGUGUUCUUUAUUAGCUUGUCCCGUGUUGGUCAAUUAGCUAGCCAGCCUCUUAAGCUAGCUCGGCACAGCAGCGUAUGGGUGUCACAGUUAGCCGUGACUUCACCGGGUUUCUGGUUGCCUGAUCUCACAUUUCGGACACGUCAAGGUUCCUCAUACCCGUCUCCUGAUUUUGGGGGCUGUGAUGUCGGAGCCCAAAACCCCCACACCCACUCCUGCUGGUGACACAUACAAAGGAUGGGUGUUCAAGUGGACAAAUUACAUCAAGGGUUAUCAGCGGAGGUGGUUUGUCCUGAGCAAUGGGCUGUUGUCUUACUACAGGACCCAGGCAGAAAUGGGCCACACGUGUCGAGGCACGAUCAACCUGGCCACGGCGACCAUCACCGUGGACGACGCCUGCAACUUUGUCAUCUCAAACGGCGGCGCACAGACGUACCACCUGAAGGCCAGCUGCGAGGUGGAGCGUCAGCGCUGGAUCACUGCCCUGGAACUGGCCAAAGCUAAAGCGGCCCGAAUGCAGGCCGAGUCAGAUGACUCCGGAGACGACUUUUCUCCAUCGUCCACGCCGGCGGCGCCCGGACAAGGCGGUGCAUCCCAGAACUCAGAGGUCCAGUCUGCUCUGAGAACACUUGGCAGCAAGGUGGAGGAUCUCAGCACGUGUAACGACCUGAUCUCAAAGCACGGCUCUGCCCUCCAGAGGUCUUUAUCAGAGCUGGACAGUUUGCGUCUGACAGGAGAAGCUGGGGAUAAGAUUCGCCAAGUGACAGAGAGAGCAACGCUGUUCCGCAUCACCUCUAACGCCAUGAUCAAUGCAUGCAGAGACUUUCUCACGCUGGCUCAGGCUCACAGCAAACGAUGGCAGAAGGCCUUCCAAGCAGAACGAGAUCAGCGAGUGAGGCUGGAGGAGACUUUGGAGCAACUGGCCAAGCAGCACAACCACCUGGAGCGGGCAUUCAGAGGGGCUGCGCAAUCUAACGCUACUGCAGACAAUAAAAGUGCUGCCGGUCCAGGAAAAGGUGAGGCCAGCGACGAAGACGACGACAAUGAGUUCUUUGAUGCCAUGGAGGAAGCUCCUGAGUUCAUCACUGUGCCUGCGGACCCACAGUUCCACAAAAGAUCAAGCAGUAAUAUCAGUGGCUUCAACAGUGAAAUGUGUGCUGAUGAUCAAUCGCUCAAUGAGGAGCCUCUAGCGAUGAAUCCAGAAUCCCCCUCUCAGGAGUUAGUGCCCUUGAAGCAGAGGCGGACACGAAUCCCAGACAAACCCAACUACUCUCUGAACCUGUGGAGUAUCAUGAAGAACUGCAUCGGCAAAGAGCUGUCUAAGAUCCCCAUGCCUGUGAACUUCAACGAGCCCAUAUCCAUGCUCCAGCGGCUGUCUGAGGACCUCGAGUACCACGAGCUGCUGGACAAGGCCUCCAAGUGCCAGAGUUCCCUCGAGCAGAUGUGCUACGUGGCUGCCUUCUCCGUGUCCUCCUACUCCACCACCGUCCACCGCACCGGCAAGCCCUUCAACCCUCUGCUGGGGGAGACGUACGAGCUGGACAGACGAAGAGAGAGUGGCUACCGCUCCCUCUGUGAGCAGGUAAGUCACCACCCUCCUGCAGCAGCGCAUCAUGUGAUCUCCGAUCGGGGCUGGACUCUGAGGCAGGAAAUCACUGUCGCAAGCAAGUUCAGGGGCAAAUACCUCUCCAUCAUGCCCUUAGGCACAAUUCACGCCAUCUUCGAAAAAGGCAACAAUCACUACACAUGGAAGAAAGUUACCACCACAGUGCAUAACAUCAUUGUAGGGAAGCUGUGGAUCGAUCAGUCAGGAGAGAUCGACGUGGUGAACCACACCACUGGAGACCGAUGCCACUUGAAAUUUGCUCCUUACAGCUACUUCUCCAGAGACGUGGCUAGAAAGGUGACCGGAGUCGUAAUGGACAAGGAUGGCAAAGCCCACUAUGUGCUCUCGGGCACGUGGGACGAAAAGAUGGAGUUUUCUCGGGUCAUGCAGAGUAGCCGUGGAGGCGAGAACGGCACAGAGGGCAAACAGAAGACGGUCUAUCAAACUCUGAAAGCCAGAGAGGUGUGGAGGAGGAACCCGCUUCCGGAAGGAGCAGAGACCAUGUACUACUUCACUGCCUUGGCGCUGACCCUGAACGAGCUUGAGGAUGCUGUUGCGCCCACUGACAGCCGGCGCCGGCCCGACCAGCGCCUGAUGGAAGACGGCCGCUGGGAGGAGGCCAACGCCGAGAAGCAGCGGCUGGAGGAGAAGCAACGCAGCGCCCGGCGGGAGAGAGAGAGGGAAGCAGCCAGCCAACGCACCUCCAGCCAGUCAGAAGAAGCUGUCGAGGAAGACUCUCUUACUGAUCCCUCCUUAAAAAGCACACCUCACGAUAACCAUCAGGCACUUUGGUUCGAUCGCUGUGAGGACCGCAUCACAGGUGAGCAGAUCCAUAUCUAUAAGGGAGGCUACUGGGAAACCAAGGAUCGGGGCAGCUGGGAAGACUUGCCUGACAUAUUUUGACCUCAGCACUGACUGCAAGGUGCACUAAAGAGACUGAUCCCAUCAAAAGCUGCCUGGUGGAGAGCUUCCACCAAAGGCCGGCUCGUCACCCUCUGUCCCGCUCUUCCUCCUCCAGCGGCUCUCUGUUCUAAGAGAUCUCCAGGACGGUCAACCGCCGUCUGCUACGUGGAGGGGAGGGGCUUCUCUCAUCUGGUUUUGGUUCCUGUUUCCUUGUUGCUGUCACAUAUCCGAUGGGACUGGUUUGUAAACACCUAUGCUGCUUUGACUCGGGUCAGAGAAGGAGGUAAAAUGGGCAGAGCUUCACAGAUCUACAGUAGCCACUCUGUUCAGUCUCUCAGAUCAGGAUCAGAUGAAGUUUUUACGCCUGAUAACACCCUGUUAGAUAAUUUAGUGUUCCUAUUGUCAUCCACAGCAUUGUGUGCUUUGGUUGUAACUCUUAAAAAAAGGGGUAAGACCUGGUUAAUAUAUACAUUAUAUAUAGAUAUGAUUAGAAUAAUUUCAUUUAACUGUCGACUGGUGGCCUUCAAGAACUUAGCGAGGAUUUCUUGUUUUUUUCUCUCUGAUUUAGUGUCUUAAUGUAAUGAAGUGAAGGUUCUAGUGUGCUUGUGUAUGAUGCAUAUCCGCUCUUCCAUCACUUUAAAACUCUGCCACUGUGCGGUAUACUGUGUUUAAAAAAAAAAAACAACUAAACAAAUGAUUGUUGAAAUAAUGGUUGAACCUCCACAAUGUUCUUUUUUUUAUGUAGUUAGAGGAGAUUAGUUUUUUUCCUUUACACCCGUUCUCUUCGCCUUAGAAACGAGCGAGCUGCUCACACUUGUAAUCACAUCAGUCGGUUUGACACAGACGGAAACGGCUGGUUUCUUGUACAAAGAAUCAAACCUUGAGGAAAAACAUGGGGGAAAAUAAAGGCAGCGCUGCAAAAUGCCAAAAAAAGAAAAAAACGAAGCUUGUUCCAAUUCAGAGAAAUUCCUAAAUGAAGACAGUUUGAAUCUGUGAAUGAAAUCAGCUGUUUUGCAGGAUUGGAAUAAUGUGGAGUCAUUUUACAUAAGAAGUGAUGAGAAUAAGAACAGCUUUCUGAAACGUUUGAUUCAUUGUGUUGAGAGUAACACAUACAAAUGAGCAAAGAAACAAGUGUUCAUACAUAUGCAAGUACAUUUUGACACCAAAAACAUGGAAUAUAAUGUGUGCGUGUGUGUGCGUGUGUUUGUGUGAGAUUUCAUAAUUUUUUUGUUUGUAAGUGUACUUAAAAAUGAAGAAUAAAGAAACAAAGACACAUUGCAAAUAACUAUGAUUUUAUAAAUGUAUAGAAAUUCAUAUUAUAGUAUUGAUAACUGUAAGGUAGGUUUCUUUAUUUUCGGGUUCCUCUCAUGUAAUCGGAGGAUUUUCUUCAUUUUCUGAAAAAAAAGGGAGUUUCCAUACCUAACUGAGAGGGGAGACAUGACAUUGUUCAGUAUUUUGUAUUAACAAAAAAUAAAUCUGUAAUAAACAAAUGCUGUGAUGUCAAACAAAA